AAGGGUUCGUUCAUUGGUGAGAUUAUGAGAAAAAGUUUGGAAUUUCUGCUAGCUCGAUGAUUCAAAAAUUGUUUAAUUCCGAAAUUGAUUUAAGAACUUAUUUACUUAGUUUACGUUAGGAAAAUAGUGUUGUUGCAAGAAGAUCUGCUCUACCCACAGUAACACGACUAGUAUUAUUAGUGGUACUGUCACACGAGUAACACCGACAGUGUAAAACACAAGUUCAGUUUGUAAACGCCCAGGUGUUAAUUAUGUUAUGUUGACUGGAUCGGCGAAUAGGUUUAAUAAGGCCCAAGGAUUGAUCGUAUCUUUUACCGUCUGUCUAAUGAUAUAACGUAUUGUUGAUGAUAGCCAGAAGCUUCUUUGAAGAAAGAUCUCAUUGUGCAAACAAGAAAGAAAAUCUUUGGAAGGGCAAGUUGAAAAAUGGCUUUAAAUGUGGAUGUAAAAUUUUGUAUUUAUGUCAAACUUAGUGAUUGUUUUAAAUAUAUCAGUAUAUCUAACAUCACUGCUUCCUGUUUCAAGCCUUCAAGUUAGCUUUGAUAAAACUAUAGGAGAUCAUGUUCCUCCACUUUGAACGUUCCACUAACACUAAGGCUGACUGCAAAGUACUUUCUCUAACAUGGAUGGGUAAAGUACCUGAUGAACUUCCUGAUGAAGAUGGCUGGAAGUUGAACAGAGUAAACUACUAUCAAGAUGGUUGGUUAGCCACAGGUAACACAAGAGGAGUUGUUGGGGUUACUUUUACGACUUGUCAUUGUCGAAAAACCAUGGAAUUACCAUCACGAACAAACUACAAUUUGAGAGGUCAUAGGUCUGAAGUAACUCUUGUAAAAUGGAAUGAACCAUAUCAGAAGUUGGCUUCAUGUGAUAGUAGUGGAAUUAUCUUUGUAUGGAUCAAGUUUGAAGGCAGGUGGUCCAUUGAGUUAAUAAAUGAUCGUAACACACAAGUGACAGACUUUGCAUGGAGCCAUGAUGGUAGAAUGGCCCUGAUUUGUUACCAGGAUGGGUUUGUCCUUGUGGGAUCUGUUGCUGGACAGAGGUAUUGGUCUUCUAACUUAAAUCUUGAUGCCAACAUUACUUGUGGAAUUUGGGCUCCUGAUGAUCAACAGGUAUUGUUUGGAAUGUCCAGUGGUCAGAUUCUAGUUACAGAUGUACAUGGUGAAAUGGUUGGUCAAGUUAGAGUUCAGGAAGGAGUUAACAUAACUGGAAUGGCCUGGUCUUGUGAGAAAUUCAAAAUGGAAGAAACUGAUGAAGAAGAUGGAAUUCAUACUGUGUUAUAUCAACAAACAC